UGCUUGCUGUGCUGGUAGAGAGGGCAAAGAAGAUGCCUGGAAGCGCCAAAGAGCUGAAGAAGGCGGGAGAGAUGCGGCGGAAGGCCAUGCGGAGGAUGGAGACAGGCGACUGGGAGGACGCACAGAAGGAUCUGGCCACGGCUGUCAAGCUCGAUCCGGACUCGGCGCAUGGGUGGUAUGAGUACGGACUGGUGCUGAUGCACGGUCUGGCGGUGGAUGACAAGCUGGACAAGUCUGAGAAGAGCCGCGUCAAGCACGCUGUCCGUGCCCUCUCCUCUGCCAUCGAUCUCGACUCAUCGCAGUACGACUACGUCGAGGCCCGGGCCAAGGCCCACAUGAUCCUUCGCAAGUGGCACAAGGCCCAGACCGACUACUCAACCGCGGUCGAUACCGCCAUCGCCCACAACUCGCAGGCCACCACCCUUACCUACAAGCACCUCGGCGAUGGCUAUCGCCAAGCCACCUACCGCAUGGAGAACAACGGCAGGCCAGCGCCAGAGGUCUAUCUCUCCACCGCCAAUACAGACACUGCAAUCGCUCCUCUGCUCCACCCGGACGACUCCUCAGACUCGUCUACCGCUACCGUGUCUGCUACCGCUACCGCUACCGCUACAGAGGCCUCAUCCGACCCGCCUCGCUCCCGCGGCCGUGGCGCCCUCUUCACCUGCUGUCUCCCGCCUGCCGCCGCCGACUCGGACUCGGACCCGAACUCGGAGACUGCGUCUGCCACUACUACCACUACCGACACUGCCACUGCCACAUGCUCGCCAUCUGCAUCCUCAUCGAGCUCGUCAUCGACGCCUCGCAACCGCAAGCGCGGCAAGAGCAACAUCAAGGCGAACAAGAGCAGCAAGAACACCAAUCGGAGCAAGUCAAGCAAGCGCUCCAAGUCUGGCAAGCGCAGCGGCAAGCGAUCGAAAGCGUAGCCGCAGCUUUGGCUUCCCUGCACACCCCAAGCCCAUCGUCCGAGACCGACCCGAUUCCCAUUGAACAACAGCGGCG